CGGGGAAGACUUGGGGGAGAUCAGGGCAGGGAGGAGCUGUGGGUGAGUUACUUGGGGGCGGUGUAUCCACUACAGAGAGUCUUGUGACAACUUCUGGAGACUGAGCACAGCCCCGUGCCUGAGAACUUACCACGCUGACAGAGCGGGCACUGCACGACGGGUGGGCGGGCACUAACCUUGGCACAAGCCCUGACCUGGGAAGGGAGAUGGAGGUGCACAUCGGACUCGGGGGGGUGUACAAGCAGCAGCCCAGCAAGAUGAUACGAGGAGCCUUUGAGAAUCUCUUUCUGAGCGUCCGGGAGGCGCUGCAAGGUGAGAGGAAAAGCGCGGGGCUUCCCGAGCCCACUGUCCCGCACAGCACCUGGAGCCAGCCCCCGGGGGACUGGACUGAAGCCCCGAGCACCCAGCCGGCCCCCUGGAGAGAAGGCGCCCCGUCCUGCAGCCCACCCAGCCAGGUGUCUCAGUUCCCUGCCUUGAGCAGCUGCUUGGCGACCCUGGGAGAGCAGGGAGGGAUGCUGGAGACCGAGGAAGGCACCUCCGAGCAAGCGUCCAAGGAAAGGUACCCGAUCACGCCGGAGGGCAUCUCUGACAGUGCCAAGGAACUGUGUAAAGCGGUGUCUGUCUCUUUGGGGCUGAGCAUGGAAGCGCUGGAGCAUCUGAACGCCGGGCCAGAGUCCCAGAGAGGAGACUGCAUGUUUGCUGGCCCCCCCGCUCACACCAUGGACACCCACAAGAGCCAGGUGGGCGAGGAAGACAAGUCUGAAGCCUCUACCCCACAGUACCGCGAAGGAGCCUUCAGGAGGAGCGGCCAGAGCAACUUCUCUGCUGGCAAAGCCCCAGAGGAUGGCAGCUCUCUGGGCACAGAUGAGAAGGAGCAAACCUCUACAGAGUUGGCACUGCCUGAACCAGGGGGCUACAGAAGCCGUGCCAUGGAGUUGGCACCUAGCCUUACCUUGUACAAGCCCUCUACAUUCAUGGAGGAUAACCCUGCCUACCCAGCCUACAGCUUUCAGAUGGCAUAUACACCACAUGGCAGAAUAAAAGUAGAAAGUCCUAUGGAGUUUGGUGGCAGUGCUUGGGGGGCACCAAGCAGGUACAGCGAAAUAUCUGGCUAUGCUCAUUGUGGUCCGCCUGGCAACUGGCACUCUCUCUUUGAGGAGGGGCAGUCUGCUGGACCUUAUACUGAUGCCAACCUGUAUAGCUACCCACGAAGCCAUAUUCCACCCGGUCCAGAUAGUGAUUUCCCAGCGGACACUUGGUACCCAGCAACAGCCAUGCUGGGCAGAAUGCCCUAUGGCAGCCCCAUGAAGUCUGAGAUGAGCCCAUGGAUGGAGGGAUACCACGGUGCAUUUGGAGAAAUGAGGCUGGAAGGAGGCAGAGAACACCUGCUACCCAUUGACUAUUACUUCCCACCACAGAAGACCUGCUUGAUCUGUGGAGAUGAAGCAUCUGGAUGCCACUAUGGAGCCCUCACUUGUGGUAGCUGUAAAGUCUUCUUCAAGAGAGCAGCUGAAGGAAAGCAGAAGUAUCUUUGUGCUAGCCGUAAUGACUGCACAAUCGACAAAUUCCGGAGGAAAAACUGUCCAUCAUGUCGCUUGCGGAAAUGUUAUGAGGCUGGCAUGACAUUAGGAGCACGUAAGCUGAAGAAAUUAGGGAACCUCAAAGCUCAGGAGGAGUUGGAGGGAUCCCCUGGACAAGGAGAAGGCAGAGAAAUUACACCUAACAUGUCCCUCACACAGCUUGAAGGGUAUAGCUGUCAACCCAUCUUCCUCAAUGUGCUGGAGGCCAUAGAGCCUGUUGUGGUGUGUGCCGGACAUGACAACAAUCAGCCGGACAGCUUUGCUGUGCUCCUUAGCAGCCUGAAUGAACUGGGUGAAAGGCAACUAGUACAUGUGGUGAAGUGGGCAAAGGCGUUGCCAGGUUUCCGUAACCUGCAUGUAAGUGACCAAAUGACAGUCAUACAAUACUCCUGGAUGGGCCUUAUGAUCUUUGCCAUGGGAUGGAGGUCCUUUAAAAAUGUCAACUCAAGAAUGCUUUACUUUGCACCAGAUCUGGUGUUCAAUGAGUACCGCAUGCAUAAAUCUCGCAUGUACAGCCAGUGCGUUCGAAUGCGUCAUCUGUCGCAAGAGUUUGGUUGGCUACAAAUCACGCCUGAGGAGUUCCUCUGUAUGAAAGCUCUUCUCCUCUUCAGCAUUAUUCCUGUGGAAGGUCUAAAGGAUCAGAAGUGUUUUGAUGAACUGCGGAUGAACUACAUCAAAGAGCUAGAUCGUGUCAUCUCCUGCAAGAGAAGCAACCCAGCAUCCAGUUCACGGAGAUUUUUCCAGCUCACCAAACUUCUGGAUUCUGUGCAGCCGAUUGCACGUGAGCUGCACCAGUUUACGUUUGACCUCUUUGUGAAGGCACAGAUGGUGAGCGUGGACUUCCCUGAAAUGAUGUCUGAAAUAAUUUCAGUGCAAGUUCCCAAGAUUUUGUCUGGCAGAGUCAAGCCUCUCUACUUUCAUAAUUCAUGAAAAUCCCCUCUGGCUCAUUUUUCUCCCCCUGCAGUGUGCCUUAAGGGUCACCAUGUACAGAUAUGCAAAAUAGACUCUACCUGCAGCCUUCAUCAUGUCAUGCCACACAGGCAUAGCCUCAUCUAUCUUUGUGUUGAGGACAGUCGCCAUGCAAACAACCUUCUAAGAUUUGUGCCAUAUUACUGACCCACAAAGAAAUGGAGGACUGAUCUGGGGACUGUUUUGAUUUCAUUACCAAAAUAUAGAGGUUGCAUGUGUUUUGGAACAUAAACUGGUAAUUUCUAAGGAAAUAUGGGAAUCACUAAUUUAGGUCUUUUCAUAAGAUCUUUUUCAGCUUACACAUCAGGAUAUACGCUAAUAAUAAGUGCUGUGCAGGAGAGUGGUAAAACACAGAAUUUAUGUACAGAUAUGUACUCUAAAAGCACUUAUUCUCCUGGCUGCAAACUUUGGGCAAAAUGGCAAGCAGUACAUUACCCUAGCCUAUUUUCUUUGAUAGAGUCUAAUGGCUGAUUGUGCACUCUUGUUUUCCAGCCA